AUGGCCCCCGCUCCAAGCACCAAACUCGCCCCCAUCCCCAAGGGCCGCAAGAUCCAAAAGCGGCCCCUCCCCGCCAGCAACAACCCCCUUCCUCCAACGCCCGCCUCCUCUACGUGUCCUCUUCCACCCCCUCAUGGCCACCGUCAAGCGCGUCCGCAAGCGCCUCGACAAGUCCGCCACCGGCGCCUCGGGUCCCCGCUCGCCAAGAAGAUGGGCCUGAGCGCCCGCAUCGAGGCCCUCCAAAAGGCGAGCGGGAAGAGCACCGGCGCCGGCGCCGGCGCAGAGGUCACCGUCCUCGGCACCGGCAAGGCCGUCGAAAAGACCCUGCGCGUCGCCAGCUGGUUCUCCCAAGAGCCCGACUGCCUCGUCUCCAUCAAGACCAAGACCGUCGGCGCCGUCGACGACAUCGUUGCCGUUGCCGCAGACAACGACGACGACGACGCCCAAGCGGAGGACGAGAGUCGCGUCCGGAAGCUGAGCUGCUUGGAAGUUACUAUUAGCUUGCGAUGA